UCAAUAUACAUCGUCAUGGUAUUCCUAGCUACGAGCUCCAUGAUGAUGUCGACAGUGAUGUCGCACUGUAACUGCCCUCACAGCUGCCUGAUUGCAUACUUUCCAUUUGAGGGAGAUGCGGCUGAUAGCUCCGGUAACAAUCGCGACGGGACCUCGACCGGCGCGGUUACUUACGCCAAUGGAAAAUGCGGUCAGGCCGCGUCGUUCGACGGAGCGUCGAAAAUUGAUGUCCAGUCCCUUGCUAACUUCGCAUGGGGAGACGAAUUCAGCGUCAGCGUGUGGUUCAAGCGCACCGGUCAGUGGGGGAACUAUCAGGGCAUCGUCAACAAUGGUUAUGGCACGAAUGGGGGCUGGGAGAUCAGGAUGGGUCGGGAGAACAGCGGUCAGAUGCUGGGCGGUAGCGUAUUCGAGACUGCUACCGGACCGUGGGACUAUCAAAACCUGGUUGGUGCCCAGAAUACCUGGAAUCACGUGGUCAUGACUUAUGACGAUUCCACUCUGCGGUAUUACCUCAACGGAGAGCAGCAGACAGCGACCAAUCCCGCGUGUUGCAACGGUCCCAUCCCAACCCGAAACAACCCCGUCACCAUCGGUCAAGCCGGUUUUGGGACGACCGUCGAGUACUUCCACGGCUUGAUUGACGAGGUCAAGAUCUACGGGCGAGUCCUGUCCGCAGCUGAGAUCCAGAAUAUGGCAAUUCAUGCAUGCCUUUAA